AUGAUAGCACGAGAUGCAGCGACUUCGGCGCUCUACGUCAACGUCGUCAACGUCGUCACAACCUCCAGCGCGCCAGGUUUCAGGGAGAAGACUCGAACGCAAGGGCAGUUCGAACUUAAAUUCCGCAACAAGCUCCCGCCCGUCGUGGAGGCGGCGGCUGCGGCGGAAUUGGCGAGGAGCGGCGUUUGCCUGCGGGUGCGCGUCCUUCGCUCUCCUGUCUGUCCCGCGAGGCCACCGCCAACAACCCGCGAGGCCUGCUACCCCGAGGGCGCCGAGCUCGCGCUUCACGUCUGGGCGCUCACGGCGCACGCGCGGGAGGUGAUGCCGGCCCAGGACGGCUUCGUGUGGACGCACGGCACGUACCAGUUCCACACGCUCACGACGAAGCACGGCGAGGUGCCUCCGCUGGAAGGGUGGGCGAGAAUGUGGACGGACCCAAUAGACACGGAGGUUCGGUUGGUGCUGCCGGAGGGGCUGGAGCUGUCGAGCCUGUUCUACUUUUGGCUGUCGAGCACGCUGGCGAGGUACCUGGGCGCAGAGGUGACGAUGGAGGAGCGCGAGAUCUUCCGAGAUAACGUGUUCGGGUUGUCCCUUUCGGCGACCGGUCUGUCGGAGGUUUCCGGCAAGCCCUCGUCGUGGGGAGCGUACGAGGCCGCCGACAAGAAACGGCCUGUGUUCCACACCCUCCCCGGGGCCAGAGGGACCGCCUUCUUUGGCUGGAAGUUUUCCGGCAAGCCCUCUUCGUGGGGGGGGUACGAGGCCCCCGACAAAAAACGCCCUUUUUUCCCCCCCCUCCCCGGGGCCAGAGGGCCCCCCUUUUUUGGCUGGAAGUGGGGAGACUUCUCCGCGUUCAUGGACGCCCGAGCCAGAGUGCUGGAGUCUGAUUCGUGGGAGGGGGGCGAGGCGCUGGCACACGUCCCGGGGGGCGAGGUGGCGCUCUCUUGGGCCGGGUCCCUCGAGCGGUUCCUGGCAGAGUUUUGCCACGGCAGGGGCCUCGGCAUCCUUCACCCGAACCUCAACGGGGACGUGAGCUUCGCCCGACAGUUGCCGCCAUCCUCGUCCUCCUCCUCCGCUUCCUCGGGUGGCAGCGGGGGUGGAGGGUGGCUGGAGGAGGAGGAAACGCCUCUGCUGUCGCAGACGGCCCACACGCCGACGCCGACGCUCAGGGGGACCGCGGAUGACGGGGGGGGGGGGCGCGAGCCGGAGGGGCUCGUGUUGACGUACCGGGACGCCAACAACUUAGUUACAUCGGGACUUGACGCACCUGCGGCUCCAGGCGUACCGAUUCUUCCAACGCUUGCGAGCGUCGGUCGAGAGGAACAAGGACCUAGAGGACUUGUGGAAAAGGCCCGGGGUGCCGAAGCCGAACUACGCGCUCGCCAAAUUCCUGGGAGGCCGGUACGCUACGAUGCGAUCUGGGAGUUUGGCUUCCUGGAAGAAUUGGUGGGACGAAAUAACGUCAUUCUUCAGGCGGACUUCUACGACCUCUUGCAAGACUGCGACGUCGUACGGCCGCCGACCAAGGUUUACCUGGCGGACAUGCCCAUCAAGCAGCUCGCGGGGAACGACGAGUACUUCGGCAGGAUGGGCUGGGGAGAGCUCCCUAAGGUCCCGCUCCCGUUGGCGAACGCUACGGAAGCCGGAUGGUCCGAACUGCAACAAAUGGAAGAUCAGGUUCUGGCCGUCUCCGCAAUGUUCGGCAUGUUCCAGGUCCCGCUCCCGUUGGCGAACGCUACGGAAGCCGGAUGGUCCGAACUGCAACAAAUGGAAGAUCAGGUUCUGGCCGUCUCCGCAAUGUUCGGCAUGUUCCAGGGCUGGACCCCGGACUCGACGGUUGGGGACACCCACUGGCACGCCAUGGUGAAGCUUCACGUCUCGGAGGAGGCGUCCUGGGUGCACGAGUUCGUGGACGGCAGCCUCGAGCGCUUCCGAGAAAAGGCGACGGAAGCGGCGGCGGCGGCGGAGCAGGCGGACCCGGGGGGGGAGGGCGGGGACGAGGAGCUUUCGGACGCUGGCGGCCGCAACCCGGCCGCGGCCGAGUUCAUGUGCGCUCACGUGAGGCGACAAGACUUCAAGGAGUCGUGCUCCUGUUACGAGGAGGAGUAUCGAACCGGGAGCGCCCGGGACUGGGUGAAGGAGGCCCUGGAUGGCGGAGGCGUAUGCUGGGUCGAGGAGCACAACUUUCGCGACACGGUCGACGUCUUGCUCCGGCGGGCGCCCGCCAAGCUCGACGUCUCGCCGCAGUUCGUGUUCGCCACCAGCGACGACGCGCGUUUUCUCGAGGACGUCAAGGUCGGGAACGCGGUGCCCGUGUUCACCCUAGAAGAUGUCUCCCGGGCGGCGGCGGCGGCGAGAGGUGGUGGAGAAGAAGGGGCGGCGGCGGCGGCGGGGGCGGCGGGUGGGGGGGGUUCCGAGGGCCCCGCGGAAUCUUCCGCGGCCACGGCCGGCGGGAAGGCGGUCACGCCCGAGGAGGUCGAGGCGGCGCUGCCGGCCAUUGACGUGGCCGUCUGCUCCAGGGGGACCCUGCUGAUGCUCAACUACUUCUCCACGUACUCGGCCCUCAUCAAGACCAAGGCCAAGGCGCAGCCCAACUUCAAGCGCGGGCUGUACUGGGCGGACCCCCCGGCCCUCUCGACCGGGUGGUCGCGCUUCUGCGACUGGUUCCUCCGGAAGUGGCGACGGAUACGCAACUUCUUCCACUAGUCGCAGCGCUUUGUUUUGUCGAGUGUAUGUAGUUGGGGGGGGUUGUUGUCUUGUUUUUCGAAUGGUUUCGUCAGUGUUGGCGGUAUUCCUAGAUACGGGAGAUUGUAUCCUUUAAAUACCGAUCGAGUUCUCUUGGUAUCCACAGAGUUAUUUAGUUAUUUAGUUGUGCUGUUGCGUCUUGCGCCAUCUAGGUCGUCAUGGACCCUGUUUAAUACUCUAUAUGCCUGUUAUGUGGAAUGAUUUAGGAGGCUAGGUUUUCCGUGAUCCUCUGAGUUGGGGGAGUGAUAGUGGUGCGAAGGCGGGUUGGUUUUGUGACAGGCCAACUAACACCAGCAUUUUCGCGAUCACUCUCAAUAGUUGUGUUGGAUUUUCCGAUGAAUGAA